UCACAGAUGUUUCUCUUGAAACUCUUAGUGUGUAUGACUCUUGCUUUGAUUUAUUUAAUCCAUCUUGAACUGAAAGCAAAAGUCUACUACGAAAGCUUCAAUCAUCCAAGAGAUUUGAUGAAAGGAAACUGGAGUCGUGAUGACAAUAAAAUUGAAACUGAAAAACAAAUCAAACAAAUCUAUAACAUAAGUAAUGUCGGCAAUAAACUGUCUGGAGAGAUGGGAGAACCAGUUAUACUCCCCGAAACAAUUUCGAAAGAAAUUCAGAAGCUUAUUGACGAAGGAAUGGAAAAAAAUGGAUACAAUCAAUUCGUUUCUGAUCUUAUAUCAGUUGAACGAAGUUUACCUGACAUUAGAGACGCAUACUGCAUUGAAGCUGCUAAACAUUAUCUUACAGAUCUUCCACGAUGUUCCAUUAUAAUUCCUUUUCGUGAUGAAUCUUACUCUGUGUUGCUUCGAACAGUUCAUUCGUUUUUAAAUCGUUCACCCGAACAUUUACUUAAGGAGAUCAUUCUUGUUGAUGAUUUUAGUGAAUCGACGAAAUUAAAGCAACCGCUUGAAGAUUAUUUCAAGACAUUUAGUAAAGUUCAGAUAUUAAGAACAACGAAACAAGAAGGCUUAAUAAGAACUCGGAUGGUUGGGGCCGAGUAUGCAACUGGAGAUGUUUUAAUAUUUUCUGAUGCCCAUGUGGAAGUCACACCUGGUUGGCUUGAACCACUUUUAGAUUCAAUUGCAAGGGAUUCCGAGAAAGUUGCGCUUCCAAUAAUUGACACGAUUAUGGCUAAGACACUUGCAUAUUCAAAAUCAGACAGAAGAACUUGGGUUGGAGGCUUCAAAUGGAAUCUCGCUUUUGCAUGGACAAGAGUUCCAAAUGCCGAUUCAAAAACUGAUGAAGAAUUGUCGCAACCUGUAAAAAGCCCAACAAUGCUUGGUGCAUUCUUUGCAGUCGAUAGACUUUUCUUUUCAAAAAUUGGAAUGUUUGACCCUGGUUUUGAUGUGUGGGGUGGAGAAAACUUGGAAUUAUCUUUCAAAGCUUGGAUGUGUGGAUCAGGAAUGGAAAUGAUUCCAUGUUCUCAUAUUGGUCACAUUUUUAGAAGCAACAAGUGGAAAGCACAAUCUCUUUUUGAGAAGAAUGCUAUAAGAUUAGCAAAAGUCUGGAUAGAUGAAUACAUUGAAUACUUUAGUCAACUCAUAGACCAUACCAGAUAUGACUACGGUGAUAUCAGUGAUAGAAUUAAACUUCGUGAAAGUUUAAAUUGCAAACCUUUCAAAUGGUACAUGGAAAAUUUUCUACCAAAAGAUUCUGUUGCCAUUGGAAAGAUUGUUUUAAAACACAAUACCGAGAUGUGUCUCCAAGCAAAUAGCGACGGUGAUGACAACGUAAAAUAUUCGUCUUGUCAAAAGAGAAAAAUAUCUCAAUUUUGGAUGCUUAGUAAUGCAGGUGAAAUUCGUAGAGAUCAUGCAUGUUUUGAUUACGACAAAUCCUCAUAUCAAGUGGUUACUAGAAGUUGCGAGUUUCAAAGGGCAAGUCGGUUGUGGAGUUAUGAUGAAAAUUCUUACUUGAUUCGCCAUAAUGAAACUGACAGAUGUAUCGCUUUAGACAGUGAGAAUGAUAUUUUAUUGUUAAAAAGCUGUGAUGCCAACGAUAAAAAUCAAAAUUGGAUUUUUCAAAGCAAUGAUUCUAGUAAAUUGUAAUUUAUUUAUUUUUAUUCACAAGGAGGUUUGGUCAAAGGUUCAAUAAAAGAUCAACACAAAAGGUUUUUCCGAA